CCACUGCUGCGGAGGGGCGCGGGCGGGCGGCCGCUGGGGGUGGCGGGAUAGGCUGGGCGCGGCCUACGCUGCGGGACCCGCCACUGCCGUCCAGGUCCGUUCAGCCCCAGGGCCCUCCUUCCCACACAGGCGCCAUGGGCAAUUGCCACACGGUGGGGCCCAACGAGGCGCUGGUGGUCUCAGGGGGCUGUUGCGGUUCCGACUAUAAACAGUACGUGUUUGGCGGCUGGGCCUGGGCCUGGUGGUGUAUCUCCGACACUCAGAGACUGUCUCUGGAGGUUAUGACCAUCCUGUGUCGCUGUGAGAAUAUUGAGACGUCGGAGGGGGUCCCGCUAUUCGUAACAGGGGUUGCACAGGUGAAGAUCAUGACAGAGAAGGAGCUCCUGGCUGUGGCCUGUGAACAGUUCCUGGGCAAGAAUGUGCAGGACAUCAAGAACGUCGUCCUACAGACCCUGGAGGGGCAUUUACGUUCCAUCCUUGGGACACUGACUGUGGAGCAGAUUUACCAGGACCGAGACCAGUUUGCCAAGCUGGUACGGGAAGUAGCAGCUCCUGAUGUUGGCCGCAUGGGCAUUGAGAUCCUCAGCUUUACCAUCAAGGAUGUAUAUGACAAAGUGGACUAUCUGAGCUCUCUGGGCAAGACACAGACUGCUGUGGUGCAGAGAGAUGCUGACAUCGGAGUGGCAGAGGCAGAGCGGGAUGCAGGCAUCCGGGAAGCUGAGUGCAAGAAGGAGAUGCUGGACGUAAAGUUCAUGGCAGACACCAAGAUCGCUAACUCCAAGAGAGCCUUUGAACUGCAAAAGUCAGCCUUCAGUGAGGAGGUCAACAUCAAGACAGCUGAGGCCCAGUUGGCCUAUGAGCUGCAAGGGGCCCGAGAGCAGCAGAAGAUCCGACAGGAAGAGAUUGAGAUUGAGGUUGUACAGCGCAAGAAGCAGAUCGCCGUGGAGGCACAGGAGAUCCUCCGUACUGACAAGGAGCUCAUCGCCACAGUGCGCCGCCCUGCUGAGGCAGAGGCCCACCGCAUCCAGCAGAUCGCUGAGGGUGAAAAGGUGAAACAAGUCCUUUUGGCACAAGCGGAAGCUGAGAAGAUCCGAAAAAUCGGGGAGGCAGAGGCAGCAGUCAUUGAGGCUAUGGGCAAGGCAGAGGCUGAGCGGAUGAAGCUUAAAGCUGAGGCCUACCAGAAAUACGGGGAUGCAGCCAAGAUGGCGUUGGUGCUGGAAGCCCUGCCCCAGAUUGCUGCCAAAAUCUCUGCCCCCUUGACCAAAGUGGAUGAGAUUGUGGUCCUCAGUGGGGACAACAGCAAGGUAACAUCAGAAGUAAACCGGCUGCUGGCAGAACUGCCUGCCUCUGUGCAUGCCCUCACAGGUGUGGACCUCUCAAAGAUACCCCUGAUCAAGAAUGCCACUGGUGCACAGGUGUGAGGCUCCUGUAGGCCCACGUCCUUCAGCAGCUGCCUGCCCUCCAGCACGUUUUAAUACCACAGGGACAACAGGAACGUUACUGACUCUGGUGCCUUAUUUUGUAGGGACCAGGAGUGCUGCGUGUUCAGGCCAUCUCUGGCUGUCUUCCCUUCUCUCCUGUCUGUCUGUUAUUCCUGUCCUCUCCUCUAUACCCUUACAUUUGCUGCCACAUUCAUCUGGUCUGUUUCUUCUACCCUCAUCUUCCUGUGUGACUCGCCCUCUGGCUGCCUAUUUCUCUUCCUACCCCCUACACACAUCACAUAGUUUAAGCUGAAGUUUAUUAUAAUCACUGUCUGUGAGGGGUGGCCCUGCUGCUCUUCAGAAUCCUGGUGCCUUCAAGUUCUCCAUGUAUCUGUCUGUCGCUCCUAAGCCCUGGCAGAGCCCAGCAUGGGUGCAGGGGUUCUGGGUAGGACACCCACUCCCCCCUCUCCCAGCCUGAACUUCUUAGCCCUAAACCCUGCUCUAAAAAGCCCACAAUCCACACACUCUUGCCCUUGAGACCUGGGCAGCCAUGGUCUGUAAGGCCUAGAAUUAUUGCCCUUUACUUCACCCCUGGGGCCCAGGCCUACUCUCACACCUGCCCCUCUCCCCUGCACCCCAGGGGCACAGAGGCAAGGUCUCCUGUCUGUUGCAGCUCCCCCAGUUUACUACUGCCUUAGGAGGCCUUGCUUGUGCUCAGGGAAGACUCUUUCAUUGGCAUGUUCCUCAUAGGUGGGGUGGAUCUUGGUCACAACUCUACUAAGCCUUUUUGUUGGGGACAGGAAAGUGUAUAGACCCUCUUCCUGAUCAUGCUCUGCUGUCCUGGGCAUGGGACUCUCCCAGGGGGCAAGGCUGUGCCAACUCUAACAGAAUCAAGUGCCGUAGUAGACUGGCCAAAUCCCACUCCCUUUAUGCCUUUUUCUUCCUGGCCAGAACAAUGGGGUUCUACCCAUGGGAAGCAGCUAAAUCUUCUGCCUCCUUGUACCAUUGGUGGCAGAAGAGCCCAGGGCCCAGGCAUCCUGAUAUGGGUGCUGUGGGUAUCUCAUGGUCCUACUCUUCACCUCUGGCCCUGCCCCAGCCUGUGUAGCUGUUCUGCAUGUGAAUGCUGCAUGUCUGGUCUGGGGCUUGGAUAUUGCACUGCCCCACUGCCUAUCCCCUCUGGUAAAAUAAAAAUAUCUUCUACCCA